AAGAAUCAUCAAAGUUCUCUUAUUCAACACUCGCUCCUCCUCCUCCUCCUCCUUCUUCAACAACAACAACAACAAAACAAUUUUCUGGGCUAAAAGAAAGCUAGGAAGCUAUAUCUUAUAGUAGAGGGUUUGAAAAGGAAUUGACCUCAUCUGCAGAAAUAAGCACAAGAAAAUGGGGCUGUUGUCAAGAAAAGUCACGUGCAAUUCUCAUGGACAGGAUUCUUCUUACUUCCUAGGAUGGCAGGAAUACGAAAAAAACCCUUACGACGAAGUAAAGAAUCCUAAAGGAAUUAUUCAGAUGGGCCUUGCAGAGAAUCAGCUCUGCUUUGAUCUUCUUGAGUCGUGGUUGGCCAAAAACCCCGACGCAGUUAGUUUCAAGAGAGAGGAGCAAUCCAUAUUCAAAGAGCUUGCUCUUUUCCAAGAUUAUCAUGGCCUACCCGCAUUCAAAAAGGCAUUGGUUGAUUUCAUGGCUGAAAUCAGAGGAAACAAAGUAAGUUUCGACACGGAUCACUUAGUCCUCACCGCCGGUGCAACUUCAGCUAAUGAAACGCUCAUGUUUUGCCUCGCUGAAAAAGGCGACGCUAUUCUGCUUCCCACGCCAUAUUACCCAGGAUUUGAUAGAGAUCUCAAGUGGCGAACUGGGGCUGAGAUUGUACCAAUCCAGUGCAGCAGCUCAAAUGGCUUCCAAAUCACUAAAUCGGCCCUUGAAGCUGCUUAUCAAGAAGCGCAAAGAAAGAACUUGAGGGUGAAAGGGGUGUUGGUCACCAACCCAUCUAACCCCUUGGGCACAACCAUGUCCAGAAACGAAUUGGACCUACUUGUUAACUUCGUUACAGACAAAGAAAUUCAUUUAAUUAGCGACGAGAUUUACUCGGGAACUGUUUUUAGCUCCCCAGCCUUCGUAUCUAUCAUGGAAGUUUUAAAAGAUAGAAAACUUGAGAAUACUCAAGUCUGGGAAAGAGUUCAUGUUGUUUAUAGCCUUUCAAAGGAUCUAGGCCUCCCUGGUUUUCGAGUUGGUGCAAUUUACUCCAACGAUCCCAUUGUUGUGGCCGCCGCCACAAAAAUGUCCAGCUUCGGCCUAGUUUCUUCCCAAACCCAAUACCUUCUCUCCGCCAUGUUGUCCGACAAGAAAUUCACCAAAGAAUACAUUUCCAAAAACCACAAGCGGCUUCAAAAGCGACAAAACAAGCUGGUUUCCGGCCUGGAAAAAGCCGGCAUCAGUUGCUUAGAGAGCAACGCCGGGUUGUUCUGUUGGGUUGACAUGAGACACCUAUUGAGCUCCAACACCUUCGAAGCCGAAAUGGAACUUUGGAAACGAAUAGUUUACGACGUUAAGCUAAACAUCUCGCCUGGCUCUUCCUGCCAUUGCACUGAACCAGGCUGGUUCCGUGUCUGCUUCGCUAACAUGUCCGAAGAUACUCUGAAACUCGCCAUGCAACGCUUGAAGUCCUUCGUUAGUUCCAUCACCAUUGACAACCAGACCCACCAGGACUUGAAAAACAUGAGAAAAAAGAACCGCACCAAAUGGGUUUUCCGACUAUCGUUCCAAUCAUUCCAUGACAGGGAGCAAGGUGAACGAUAAGCCUGGUCAAAUUUUACAAAUGUGAAAAUACCCAUUAUUAUUAUUAUUAUUUCCAUUCAAAGUUAUAUCGUAGAGAGAGAGAGAGAGAGAGAGAGAGAGAGAGAAACUGCACUCAGUCCAUGUGGGAUUUGAAGUGUGUUUAGUUUCACUUGUAAAAUUUUACAAUUUUUUCCACUUGCCAUGGAAAUCUUCUUGGAUUCUUCAAAACCAUUAUAGUAAAUUAUUAGCUAAUACAA